AGGGUUGUCGCUGCCGCUGUUUCCCAGAUAUAUCACUGCAUGAUCAUUGGCGGUCUUGCGUACAGCUAUGUUACAACUGGCGAGGCAAUCAUCUUCUUGAAAAUCGACUGGAAGGAGCAAUUGCUGUUCCAACUUGCGGAGCCACGAGUGGAGGUGCUGGCGCAUCCCGACAAUGCCCUAUGGCGCACAGCUGUCAGUAAGGUCCUUGCCUUCACCCUGCUGGCAAUCGAGGAACAACAUUCCAACCCCGGGCAGGAUGAGCGCUCCCGGGCCAUGGAGCACAUUGGACGGUGG